AGACUGCUGAUUAACCUUGAACAAACUUCCUCCUAUUUUCAAAGUCCUCAUCAUCACCAAGGAAGCACAGAGAAUGUUUUCCCUGACUCAGACCAAAGGGAAAUUCAACUCUGUGUCCCUGUUCAUGACCAUUAAACCACUGCCUUCACCUUUUCCACUCCUAAUAGAGACAAGGUUGGAAUGCAGUCCAUGCACUGGUAUUGCCCACAGUUCUGCACCAUGUCAAAAGUAUCCCUCCUGCUGCUGUGGGCUGCCCUGCUACUGACCAGCUGUGUACAUGGAGCCAUGCUGAGAAAUAAAGACACAUGGAAGCCACUGAGCAACCCCAGGAAUAGAGAACUGUUUUUCAGAAGCCUCCAGGCCUAUUUUAAAGGCAGAGGACUUGAUCUUGGGAACCUUCCGAAUACCUUCUUCAUGAAUGAGGAUCCCAGCCCUCUCUCUUUCCAGGCGGAACAUAUUGCUUCUGCAUUUGCAGACUAUGAAGAGCAGAAAAACUCCCUCCCUAAGUCCUACAAAGGCUGAAAGCCACAGAGCCCAGGUGUCAUCAUGUUAAAGCUGGAGAAAAGCUUUUCAGUAGAAAAUUCAACCAUGGCUGACGUCUCGUGUGCGUUUUCCCUUCUUUAUUAGUCAAUUUAUAGUAAUAUUAUCCCACAUUUCUGGAUUUUGCAUGUAAACAGUUGGACUUUUGCAGUAUAUGAUACUGACAUGCAUAUUUCAGGAGGAGUAUUUUCCCCUUUAUGACCAUAAUUAUUGAG